AUAGUCAAAGCGACUGUAGUAAAAAUAUAAAUCGCAUACAGUUAAUAACUUCAGUUUGCAUCGUUUGCAUCAUGUCAAAAAAUACGAGACGACUGUGCGUUGAUCGGUAUUUAAAUGUCGAUCAUUCUUUUAUAAACAGGAAGAAAUAGAAAGGACCUGACAGCACUUGAUAGCUAGUUUUCAAGCAAUGAUCCUAUGGUUUUGUUAAUACCUGUAAGUGGUUGACAUGUCAAGCGUGCAGCCUCGAAUAGCGAGCACCGCCGAAUGUGAUCCCGGAUCACGUUAAUUGCAGUUAGUAAUCUUCGUUGAAAGUAUUUAGUUAAGUAAAUCGUAUAAAAAUGAAGACAGCAUUGAUGGUAGCUGAGAAGCCGUCUCUGGCAGCGUCCCUUGCCAAUAUUUUAAGUAACGGCCGAUGCACUUCCAGGAAAGGUUUAAAUGGAUCGUCUUGUUCGGUAUUCGAAUGGAUAGGUCAGUUCAGGUCAGAGACAGUGAACUUUAAAAUGACCUCUGUAUUCGGUCAUGUAAUGACGUUAGACUUUAUUGGAAAGUAUAAUAAUUGGGAUAAAGUUGAUCCUGCAGAGCUAUUUUCAUGCCCAACCGAAAAAAAGGAAGCAGUUCCUAGAUUAAAAAUUCCUUACUUCUUAGGUAAAGAAGGAGGUCAUUGCGAUUAUCUAGUAUUGUGGCUAGAUUGUGAUAAAGAGGGUGAAAAUAUUUGCUUCGAAGUUAUUCAUGCUGUUCAGCAAGGAAUGAACAGAAGAUUAAACCCAAACGACAUAUGGAGAGCUAGAUUUUCUGCUAUCACAGAGAAAGAUAUUAAGGCUGCAAUGGCGAACUUGGUAAAGCCUAAUGAGAACGAGGCAAAGAGUGUCGAUGCACGGCAAGAGUUGGAUUUACGGAUCGGUUGUGCUUUCACAAGGUUCCAAACGAGAUUUUUUCAGGGCAAAUACGGUGAUUUAGAUGUAUCUUUAAUUUCUUACGGCCCUUGUCAAACGCCGACACUAGGGUUUUGCGUUCAGAGGCACGACGAGAUUCAAACAUUUAAACCAGACCCCUAUUGGAUCCUACAGGUGACGAUCAAGUCUUCCGAUGGUCAAGACGUUAUUUUAAGCUGGAGCCGCGUACGAUCGUUUGACAAGGAGAUAGCAAACAUGUUUUUAAGCCAUGUCAAAGAGUACGAUCAAGCAACAGUAUUAAGCGUGGAAAGCUCAGAGAAGACAAAGUCUCGGCCCAUAGCUUUAAACACGGUAGAAUUGAUGAGAGUAGCGAGUUCAGGUUUAGGGAUGGGUCCUCACCACGCGAUACAAAUCGCCGAGCGUCUUUAUACCCAAGGAUAUAUAAGCUAUCCGCGAACCGAAACGACGCUAUACCCAGAGAACUUCGAUUUACUUGCAGUGUUGAAACAACAGCAAAAUCAUUCCGAUUGGGGAGAUCAAGUUCGUAAAAUAUUAGCCGUCGGUAUUAAUAGGCCAAAGAAAGGAAUGAACGUCGGUGACCAUCCUCCUAUCACUCCCAUGAAACAUGCUACGCGGAACGAACUCGACGGCGAUGCGUGGAAACUGUACGAUUACAUAACUCGACAUUUCAUCGCCACGUUGGCUAGCGAUUGCAAAUAUCUGAGUACAACCGUUAAAUUCGAGAUAGGAAUGGAAACGUUCACAACGAACGGUCACAGUUUACUCGACCCAGGGUACACCAGCAUACUCACAUGGCAGCAGCUUGGUAGCAACGAUACUUUGCCUAGAUUUACCCCAGGCGAGAAAGUCAACGUACAGGAGGUAAAGUUAGUCGAGUGUUAUACGCAGCCUCCAGACUACUUGACAGAAGCUGAGUUAAUAUCUCUUAUGGAGAAACACGGUAUCGGAACUGACGCGUCUAUUCCCGUACACAUAAACAACAUAUGUAUGCGAAAUUAUGUGAAUGUGGCAGCUGGUAGAAAAUUGGUUCCUACUUCCCUGGGAAUCGUCUUAGUUCACGGUUAUCAAAAGAUAGAUCCGGAGUUAGUUUUGCCAACAAUGAGAUCCGCGGUGGAAGAACAAUUGAAUCUGAUAGCUCUGGGACGAGCUGACUUUCAUGCGGUGUUGCAGCAUACGGUUGAGAUUUUUAAACAGAAGUUCCAUUACUUCGUAAAAAGUAUAGAGGCGAUGGAUCAGUUGUUCGAAGUUUCAUUUUCACCUCUUUCCGCGUCAGGGAAGGCACACUCUAGGUGUGGCAAGUGCCGACGCUAUAUGAAGUACAUACAAACGAAACCGUCAAGGAUGCACUGCGCGCAUUGCAACGAAACGUACAACCUCCCGCAAAAUGGCAACAUUCGGAUUUACAAAGAGCUGAAGUGUCCACUAGACGAUUUCGAAUUGCUUUCGUGGUCCACCGGAGCUCGGGGAAAAAGCUACACGUUCUGUCCGUACUGUUACAACAAUCCUCCGUUCAGAGAUAUGAAAAAAGGGAUGAGUGGCUGCAAUUCCUGUACCCACCCGACCUGCCCGCACGCCAUGAACUCGAACGGUUUAUCGAGCUGCUUAGAGUGCAAUGGUGGUAUACUCGUCCUGGAUCCUUCGUCUGCGCCUAAAUGGAAGCUUGGAUGCAAUCGUUGCGACGUUAUUUUGCAUUUAUUCGAGAACGCUCAUAAAGUAGCGGUUGAUACCACCGUGUGCGACUGCGGGGCUCAGUUGGUCACCGUCGAGUACAAACAGGAGAAGACUAAAUUCCCUGACGAAGCCACGCAAAUGACCGGCUGCAUUUUUUGCACGCCGGUCUUCAUGGAGCUCGUAGAGAAGCAUCGUGCCGUCGCCUCGAAACCGGUCACGACCCGUAGCCGUGCCCACGCGAAAGGUCGCAGCCGGGGCAAACCUCGUCCAUCGAAAGACAAGAUGGCACAAUUGGCCGCGUAUUUUGUAUAAAACAAUUUUGUUUGUAAAUGAACUACAUAGAUGUUACCGUAUCCCCUUCCCGUUCGCUCUCCUACACGUUCUCCGCUGUGCAGUCUCGAAAAUAAAUCAUAAUUCGUAAUAAUAUUCGCUACCUCAACGAUUCAUUAAACUAUUUUUUAUGCUCGAUAUUUUUUUUAAUCUAAAAAUAGUUUUUAAGUACUUUUUAUAGUAUGUGUUUCUUGGGGGAUUAUAAUUAUUUGUGGAGAAACUUUCGGUAAAGUAAUGAGGAUUGUAAAAGAAAUAGAAAGUGCGCGUAGAAUACAAUGUAUGUAAGAAGGUAUCGAAUAAUAAAACUCAGGUUUCACA